AAUGUGCUAUGCUAUGCUGAUCUAAAGAGGUUUGUGCUUUGGGGAGCUAAAUCAUUGCCUUUUUUGGGAAAUGAAAGAGCACAGUAGACUAUUAUGGAUUACCCCUUUAUUCAAUUCAAUAUAUUUAUUUAUUUGUCAUAGAAGUACAGCCUUGACCAUAGUCGACACAUUUCUUUACUUCUCAGACUGAUGUUCUUGGCUUAUAAACAAGUCAUCUUUCUGUCUUCAUCAUGUAAUUGAUUGGAAUUUAUAAACCUGAAGUGACAAGCUAGUGGACGCCUACAUUUCCAGAUUUUUUUUUACAUUUGUGAGUUUGUGUUUGGAACCAAGUAUCCGCACAUAUGACAUAGUAGGCUAGGUCUAUUGUAAUAUUUACAUAGGCCUAAAUAUGAAAUGGUUGUCUCUUUUUGUCCUGGUAGACUAGAUAUGAAAUAUAUUUUCACGUAUCUGUGUUACACAUUAGUUUUCACUCUGGAAUAAUGAUAGACUACAUUAAUGUUCUUUACACAAGAAUUGAAACAGCAAUUUUUGAUGGGCUGUUGUUUUUAGGGCUGACAAGUGGGAAGCGCAACCGCCCCCUCUAGCGGCGAUAGUAUAGGCCGCCCAUUCUCAAUGCAUUUACUUGCUUCCUAUUUUUAGAAACUCUAUCGAUGUCUUUCGAGCUGAAGGCUAUUCGCAACUUAAACGAUUUAGCUAGCAAAUUGUCAAAGGACACGACGGACAAGGCUGUUUUUCUAAUCGACUACGCUUUUUAGACGGGUCAUGACGGACUUUUAACGGGGUAUAGCUGAACGUCGAGUAGCCGAUGUUUUAAAUGUCCGUUUCCUAUGGAAAACCGGUGAGCUGAGCAGAGUCCAAACAUGGCUUCCUAAGCAAGUCGAAAAUAAAAAAAGAUUUUUUUUUGACAAGUUAUGGUUUGUUUUGUAUUUACCGUCAUUCGUCUGUGCUUUAUUGUGGAUUUCGUUGAAAGCGAAUAAGAAAAUACCUUUCAGCGGACAGGACCGAUUAUGGAAUUUAACCGUUCGGGUCCAGGUUGAGUUACGCACCACAAAAUCAACUUUUAUGUUCACAAUUUAAUGCUUGGAGCCGCUGCUGCCAGAGUCAGGCAUUGUAGCAGACAUCGAGGUGGAGAGCAUCCUCACCUCUGAGACUGACACCUUCUACCAGAUCAAGAGCCAGCCCAUAACUCUGAGCCCGUCUGUGACGGUUUGUGACGGCUCCCCCUCGCUGGCCUCGGUGACGACAGCCUCCGUCAUGUCGUCCCGCGUGCUGAUGCGGCAGGAGCUGAUGAGGCAGCAGGCCCGGGAGCAGGAGAGACGCGAGGCCCAGCAGCAGGCCUCCAGCGCCCUGCUCCGCCCCAACGACCCCUCGCCCGCCAUCUCCGUCUCCCCGGCCCUCACCUCCGCACGACAGCCGCCCGCACAGGUGCCCGUGGAGGUGCUCAAGGUCCAGACCCACCUGGAGAACCCCACCAGGUACCACAUCCAGCAGGCCCAGCGCCAGCAGGUCAAGCAGUACCUCUCCACCACCCUGGGCAACACGGCCACCAAUCAGACGCUGGGGGUGUCGCCCUCGCCCCAGUCUGGCUCCGCCCCCGAGCUGACUCCUGCGGUCAGCAGCACGCCCAGCAGCCCUCUGGCUGUGCUCAGCCUCAGCUCUAACAAGGAGGAGAUGGAGGACGUGAUUGAUGACAUCAUCAGCCUGGAGUCCAGUCUGAACGAUGACUUCCUGACGCUCAUGGAUGCUGGCCUGCAGCUGCCCAACACGCUGCCGGUAUCAGGGAACCUGCUGGACGUGUACAGCAGCACUGGGAUGGCCACGCCCACCAUCACCGUUAGCAACUCCUGUCCUGCAGAUCUGCACAACGUCAAGACGGAACUCUCCGUAGAUGUGGAGGUGAAGGCUAUAAUGAAGGAGAGGCAGAAGAAGGACAACCACAACCUGAUCGAAAGGAGGCGAAGGUUCAACAUCAACGACAGGAUCAAAGAGUUGGGAGCUCUCAUCCCAAAGUCUAGUGACCCACCCCCGUGCUACGGGGACAGGGAGCAGCGCUGGAACAAGGGCACCAUCCUGAAGGCCUCGGUGGACUACAUCCGCAAGCUGCAGAAGGAGCAGCAGAGGAGCAAGGAGAUGGAGACCAGGCAGAGGAAGCUGGAGCACGCUAACCGCAGCCUGCUGCUGCGCAUACAGGAGUUGGAGAUGCAGGCUCGUGUCCACGGCCUCUCCAGCUCCGCCUCCUCCUCCCAAGGCUCCUCCUCCCUGCUCAGCCUCUCCCAGCCCCUGGACCCCAAUGUGAUAGACUCCAAAAUCCUCCUGACCCUGGGCGGGACCAACGCCGUAGCUGCGUCGCACGCCUUCCUGCCCUCGUCCGAUGGCAUGGCGAUGGGGGUGAGCAGCCCGCUCGACCUGGGCGCUCUGAGCUUCGCUGAGCUGGAGGACCCGUCGGCCUCCUCGGUCUUCUCCCCUGGCCUGCUGGCCGACAUAGGCCUGGGGGAUAUCUUGAUGGAUGACGGGGCAGGGCUGUCCCCCGUGGCGGGGGGUGACCCCCUACUCUCCUCAGUGUCUCCCAGGGCUUCCAAGAGCAGCAGCCGCAGAAGCAGCUACAGCAUGGAGGAGGACAUGUAGCCAGGGCUGCACACGCGUUUUGGAAUGAAUUUUCAGCACAGCAGGGCCAGCAGCAGGAAUCAAAGAUGUGUUGGCUGGUGAAUUGCAGCGUUGUUAUCUGACUGCGUGGUUGAGCUUCUGUUUAAAUAUUCUCUCAGACAACAAUGAGGAUGAGGAUAAAGCAGCUUUGUGUUAAGGCUUGCUAGACUGACGUAGAAAUGGAGUAGAUUGUUAAGGAGAAUUCCACAGGGAAGAGAGGGGUUUUUUUAGCAUUAAAAGGAACAUAAAUGGAUCGGAGUGUAGUCUACAGAGGCAUAUAGAUACACAUCCUAGAUAUGCACCUAUGUUUGUGUCUCUGUUUUUAUUGUUGUGUAGUUUGAAAACCCAACAGCAUUGAGCACUCUAAAAAACUGAUGCAAGAGUAGGAUUGGGGCAUAUUGUCUCAGUGAAACAAAAAGUUGUGUUCCAAAAAGCCAGAUAAGUUUCAUGUAAAAUUCAAAACCAUGGCAAUUUUUUAUAUAAUGUUUUGUUCUUUGUUUUGCAUGACACCUUUUAUUUAAAGGAUUUUUGCCUUUAACAGAAACAAAAAGGGAUAGUUUUAUAGUGCAGCACUUCUUAGUAGCUAACAUACCUAGUUUUUUAUACAGUCCUCAGGAAAAACAAACAGUGAGGAGUUUUAGACCGGACAGAUUAGACAGCCGAUGUGAAGUCCCACCAACCUGACGAUGAGAUCUGAGCAACUAUCAGUCUUCUGAAUAACAAGGCAUGCGGGUCCCAGAGGAGGGUCAGAGGUCAUGGAGCUCCUUGUUAUUGACCAGACUGACUGUGUUUUUACUGUUGUAAUAUCUGAUAGGUUCCCUCCAGCGUGCAAACAAGCCAGAGGGGCCACAGUGCAGGUGAGACACAGGGGCAUGAGGGGGAGGGAGCACCACUUGGAGGCUGUUCUGGUGUGAUACUGUUCUGUAGGGUAGACCAUGGAGCUGCUGGAUGUUAGAGGGGCCUAGCAAGAGCACGUCAAGGGUUUGGACAGACCGCAGGGUCACUGCCCAUCAGGGUGCUGUGUCUGUUGUAGCCGUCAGUAGUGACACUACAGGCACUGACGCCAUGCUUUAACAACAUUUGAACCUGACUUGUCUUUGUGGUGGUAUUGACAGCCUUUUGUUUUGUAGAUGUUCUGAUCAGGGGUCUUAUUCAAUCAUUUUUCUUCAUUGACUUCCCAUCCUAUUGUUUUUGUACUGGCAUAAAAGAGCGAUAUGAACAGAGGAAGGGGAAUCAAGUCUGUGGUCUUCCGGCAUCUAUACUGGGUGCUAUAACAGAGGAGGAAACUUCCAGAACUACAGUCUUGACUCCCUUCAUAUGCAAACAGAAUUUACAUUUUGACAAUUUACAGUUUAUACCUAGUUAGUCUAUGUAAAUAUGAAUUGUACAUAACUCAGUAUAGCAUUAUGUUCUAAAGAGAAAAACUUUUAUUAAAAAUUAUUGUAGUGUAAAAAUGAUCAAACACUCACCUAUAUAAAGUUAUAUGGUAGCAUUGCAUAUAUUGGGCCUUAAUCUUUUUCUUUUUUAUAUGAAAUAUGUCUAAUAUUCACUCUUAACUACAUGGUGCAGAGGGUGUGAAUGUGUUCAUGGGGACGUUGGAGGGCUAGAAGCAGAAAUACUACAUUAGGACCGCUUUGGAUGUCAUGAGUAUUGACAGAGUAAUAUGAGUAUAUAUAGUAUGUAAAUGCUGGUCAUUUCAACCAUGCCAUUGGCCUGCAGAGAAAUUCAAGGUGCAACAAGAAUGUGUCCUUUCCUUUUGUGAAAGUUUUGCAGUAGCCAAUCAGUGGUCAUUUCCUGGUCCUGUAUCCUCUUUUCUUCUUCUUCUUCUUCGUCUCUCAGGCAUUACUAGUGUGUUUGUUUUGAAGGUAGACUUUGUGAUGUGAUGUCAUAUCUGGUAUGCUGGUCAGGAGCCUCUGCAGCGUGUACUGGCAGCUGAGGUGCUUGUCUCUUAGCUGUGGUUAGUAGAGCUCAGCUUGUUUCAGGAGUGACGACAUCAUCCAGAGUCUAGCUGUAGAGUUUAGAACGUUCUGGACUCCGUUCAGAGUACCUUGUAUGAUCAUGUCGUCUUGUUCAGUGUCUCCCAGAACCAUAUACCUUCGACCCACACCUGCUCAUAAGACGGUGGGAACUGUUAGUCCGGGGAUGAUUAGAAACGAGCAGUGUUCUGAUGGAUCAUGUUAUCUAGUGUUGUUUACAUCCAAAACUAGUCUGUGAAAUGUCCGUUCUGAUCAGAAGGCAAGACUUCUUGAAAGGGAUUUUUGUUCAUCAGCUGUCAAAUGUGUGUUGUCCAAGUAGACAUCCUGUCAUACUGCCAUGUGUUUCCUUUACUGAUCAUUGUUUCAUUUUUGAUAGAAUCGUAAUGCUCUAUGAAGAAAGGUAAUAAAGAUGGAAUAAAAAAGA